AUGUUACCACCACUUCUCUGUAAUUUGUGGAAGGUCCAUGACUAUGUAGCUUUGGCUCUGCAAAAACAAGCAGGCACUGGAAACUUUAUUGGACCCUGGUUUACGCAAAUGAACUGUGUGGUUACUUGCGAUCCCAUGAACGUACAUUAUAUGUUCAGCAAGAAUUUCAUCAACUUUGUGAAGGGGCCCGAGUUCCGAAAGAUUUUCAAAGCUUUUGGAGAUGGGAUUUUGACAGCAGAUUCAGACAUGUGGAAAUACCAGAGAACAAUUCUCCAUUCAUCGUUUAAAACCAGAAGAUUCGAGAAGUUUCGGGAGAAGAUCGUUCGGAAGAAAGUGGAAAGCUGUCUCAUUCCCCUUCUUGACCAUGUGGAAAGGCAAGGGAUUGAAGUGGAUGUGCAAGACGUGUUCAAUCGCUUCAACUUUGACACUAUUUGCUCCAUAGUCUUAGGGUUUGACCCAAAAAGCCUCACACCUGAUUUCCAAGAAGUUGCGUGCAUGAGAGCUUUUAAUGAAGUUGGAGAGUUUAUAUUCUACAGACACAUAUUACCUAAAAGCGUUUGGAAGCUUCAGAGAUGGCUUAGAAUUGAAGCAGUGAAGAAAAGAGCUGAGGCAUUUCAAACGUUCGACCAUUUCCUCCGUGAAAGCAUAGCAUCUAAGAGAGAAAAGCUCAGCCAAAACAAAGAAGUAAUAAGCACAGAGGACGAGGAUGAUGACUUGAUAACGACUUUGAUGAAGGAUGAAGAAGGAAAAGAAUCUGUGGGUGACAAGUUUCUGAGGGACACGGCUUUUGUUCUUUUUGUUGCAGGCAGAGAUACCAUAACUUCAACUCUCACAUGGUUCUUCUGGCUUCUUGCUAAGCACCCUAACGUGGAGGCUAAGAUUCUUCAAGAGAUCCAGAACAAAAAGGAAGUGAAAGAUCAAGUAUAUCUCCAUGGUGCUUUGUGUGAAGCUUUGAGAUUGUAUCCUCCUUUACCUGUUGUACGCAGGCAAGCAAUCAAACACGACAUUCUUCCAAGUGGACAUGAGGUUGGCCCUAGAACUGUGGUAAUGAUAUCUUUGUACGCAAUGGGAAGAUGUGAAGACAUAUGGGGAAAAGAUUGCUUGGAAUUUAAACCAGAAAGAUGGAUCUCAGAAAGAGGAGGCAUCGUUCAUAUUCCAUCGUAUAAGUUUAUUAGUUUCACCGCAGGACCAAGAACUUGCUUGGGUAAGGACUUAUCCUUCAUUCAAAUGAAGAUAAUGGCCACAGCUAUAUUGUGUAAUUAUCAAAUCCAUGUGGUGGAACAUCAUCCUGUUUCUCCCGCACUUUCAAUACUGCUUCAAAUGAGAUAUGGUCUCAAGGUUCGGAUCACUAAAAGACGCUGA